GUUAUCAUAUUCAAAAUUCCAUUUUCUAUUUAAGAGAUGAUCUAUCAUAGUUCAUAGUGUAUGGUCAAGCACUAAGGCGCCAAUACUCGGUGUACAUGCCGAUCACGUACACGAUCCGACAUCCGACGCCCUCUCUUCAUGCUCUCCACUACGCACCACCGUCCACCCCAAAUGGUCAAAUCGCCAUUUCUUUUAAGCCCACGAUCUGUGCUAUCUUCACUUGAACAAGCUCACCGCCAAAACGAGGUUUUCCAUACUCCCAACUCUCGUAGCCGUACACACGUUGUAUCGCACGACGCCGCCUGCCAUGCAGUCCGGCGAGCCGGCGCCCGAGCCCGCCGCCUCGAGCGAAGCAGCAGCACCGGCGGCGGUGGUGGCGCCAGAGCCUGCCCUUGUCAGCGAAGAGGCAGCCGAACCAGCUGCCCUCGUGAGCGAAGCGGUGGAAGCGGAGGUGCCAAAGGUUCAGGAAGCAGAGGCCUCCACGGCGCCGGUGGAUGGCGAUGGCAGCAAGAGCAAGAGCCCGAGACCAGCGUCGCCGUCGACGGUGAAGGAGCGGCAGAUCCCCGUGGACCCCGCGUCGCUGCGCCGCCUGGGCAUGGUGGCGGACGAGGACUCGCCGCUCUCGGCGCCGUCCGUACUCACGGAGGUGGUGGCGCGGUCGUCCCCGCUCCUGCCGCCGCUCCGCCGCCCCACGUUCGUCGGCGCCAGCCUGCCGUGCUCCGCCGCCUCCUCCCCGGUGCACGGCGCCGGCCCGGGCAUCGGCGCGAAGUGGGAGGAGCAGGACCAGCCGGCCGCCACCCACAGCCCGACCUCCGCGCUGCGCUCCCUCGCCCGGCAGCACUCCGCCGCGCUCGCCAGGCUCGUCGCCGCGCCGCCGUCCGCGCUGUCGAGGUCCGUGUCGCGCGCCGAGGGGAGGACCAUGGCCCCGCACGACGACGAGGAGCCCGACGGAGAUCCCAAGCUGCUCGGGGCCGAGGAUGGCUUCACGUGCGGCGCGCUGUGCAUGUUCAUCCCGGGCUUCUCCAGGAAGAAGCCCGCCGCCUUCGCCGCCGCUGGCACGGCCGUGUCGAGCAUGCAGAGGCAGGCGUCGGGGCUGAGGCCGCGGCGCAGCAGCGCGUCGCGCGUGGCGUCGCUGGAGCGGUUCGAGUGCGGGUCGUGGAGCCCCCCUCCGCCGCCGCCGCCGGCGCCCAUGGCCGCGCCGCAUGACGCGGCCGACUGCCUCGCGAUGGAGGUGGCCAAGACCAGCUGCGCCGCGGACGACGCGGAGGCGCCGGUCAAGAUGGCGUUCAUGUUCGACGGCGAGCCGCCCGCGUCGGCGACGAGGGGGAUACUGAAGAACUCUUCGUCGUUGCGGCUGGACUCGGCCCGGCCGUCGACGUCGUCGCAGCGGCACGUGAGGUUCUCGACGGCGGUGGCGGCGGACGCGUCGGCGUCAUGCCCGACGUCGCCGUGCAUCACGCCGCGCCUGGCGAGGGCCAGGGCGGAGUUCAACGCCUUCUUGGAGGCGCAGAGCGCGUAGCUGGAAGGCGUGCAGUCGAGUGUUUCCUCUAUGAUGAUGAGCACUGAUAUUCUCUUGCG